UUGAGGGUUGGGCUGCACCAGUGGCGUGCGUAGCUUCAGCCUCCAUUGAUACUGUAUUACUAAUCAUCAAGAUUCCUCUUUUCUGAUUUUUUUAGGGGGAAAUGGAGUUCUUGGAAAGACCUGAUGCUCAAUUGAUUAUUGGGGUUGCUGUUGCUGCUGUUGCUGUUGGUGCUACAGCUUAUUUUUACUUCUCUUCCAAGAAAUCCAAAGUAUGUUUAAAUCCUGAAGAAUUCAGGGCAUUUAAGCUUGUUAAGCGCACACAACUUAGCCAUAAUGUGGCGAAAUUCAGAUUUGAACUUCCAACGCCCACUUCUGUGUUGGGCCUACCCAUCGGACAACACAUUAGUUGCAGGGGCAAAGAUAGUCAAGGUGAAGAGGUUAUUAAACCAUACACGCCAACUACUUUGGACUCGGACAUUGGGUAUUUUGAAUUAGUGAUAAAGAUGUAUCCCCAAGGAAGGAUGUCACAUCAUUUCCGGGAAAUGCGUGUGGGUGAUUAUAUGGAAGUGAAGGGACCUAAGGGCCGCUUUAAGUACCAGCCAGGCCAAGUUAGAGCAUUUGGAAUGCUUGCAGGAGGCUCUGGCAUUACCCCGAUGUUUCAGGUUGCUAGAGCUAUUCUUGAAAAUCCUAAUGACGCGACAAAGGUGCACCUGAUAUAUGCUAAUGUUACUUCUGAAGAUAUUCUCUUGAAGGAAGAGUUGGAUGGCCUUGCUGCCAACUAUCCUGACCGUUUCAAAGUUUAUUACGUCUUGAAUCAGCCUCCGGAAGAAUGGAGUGGUGGUGUGGGAUUUGUCUCCAAGGAAAUGAUCCAGACUCAUUGCCCUGCCCCAGCAGAUGACAUUAAGAUACUGAGGUGUGGACCACCACCGAUGAACAAGGCCAUGGCCGCUCAUCUUGAAGCCCUUGGAUAUUCACCAGAGAUGCAAUUCCAAUUUUAACUUCUUUUUCGGUUUUCAUUUUUAUCCCCGCAUUAAAAUUAACCUCGAUUACAAGGGUUUACGUUUUACAGUCCGGGAAUAGACAUUUUCCAUUUCCAUUUUUCAGUGAAGAGACUCAAAACCCUGCUUUCAAGUUUGAAUAACAUCUCAUCCUUGAGUAAAAAUGUCCUCUGUGCUAUUCUGGUGUUGAUUCAAAGUGCACUAAUAUCAAAGUAACAGUUGAGUUGA